UCCCUCUCUGCAUCCAAUUGCUUGGGACGUAACUCGAAUAAUCGAGUGAGUUCUUCAGACCCCUAAUUUCAAUCGUGAAAUUUCCCGCAAAAAUUUGUUGUUCUUUGCUAUCUGUUGAGUGUUGAGGGUUUUUCUUAGGUAUUUUUCUUCCCAUUCUCUGUUGUUGCAUCGCAGAAGGCUUACAAUAACAGCUCUUCAAUCAGCAGCUUCAACAAGGGAAAUCGAAAGUGAGAGACAAUGUCAGUGCUUAUAGUGACAAGCUUAGGGGAGAUAGUUGUGGAUUUGCAUACAGACAAGUGCCCUCUCACUUGUAAAAACUUCUUGAAGCUCUGCAAGAUAAAGUAUUAUAAUGGGUGCCUUUUUCACACGGUUCAGAAGGAUUUCACUGCACAGACUGGUGACCCAACUGGAACGGGUUCAGGUGGCGAUUCAGUUUACAAAUUUUUAUAUGGUGAUCAGGCUCGCUUUUUCAACGAUGAGAUUCAUCUUGAUUUGAAGCAUUCUAAGACAGGCACUGUUGCGAUGGCUAGUGCUGGAGAGAAUCUCAAUGCUUCUCAGUUCUACUUGACAUUGCGUGAUGAUCUUGAGUACCUCGAUGGGAAGCACACGGUUUUUGGUGAGAUAGCAGAGGGGUUUGAGACAUUGACAAGGAUCAAUGAGGCUUAUGUGGAUGAGAUCAACCGACCCUAUAAAAAUAUCCGAAUCAAACAUACUUACAUAUUGGAUGACCCUUUUGAUGAUCCUUCACAACUAGCUGAGUUAAUUCCUGACGCCUCCCCUGAAGGAAAACCAAAGGAUGAGGUUGAUGAUAAUGUGCGGCUUGAAGAUGAUUGGGUUCCUCUGGAUGAACAAUUAGGUCCACAAGAACUUGAAGAGCGUCUUCGUGCCAAAGACGCACAUUCCAGUGCGGUUGUGCUAGAGAGUAUUGGGGAUAUUCCUGAUGUUGAGAUAAAACCUCCCGACAAUGUGCUUUUUGUUUGUAAAUUGAAUCCAGUCACUGAAGAUGAGGAUUUGCACACAAUUUUUUCGCGUUUUGGAACUGUUCAAGCGGCUGAUAUAAUUCGUGAUUUCAAGACUGGAGAUAGCUUAUGCUAUGCAUUCAUAGAAUUUGAGACCAGAGAAGCAUGCGAACAAGCAUAUUUUAAGAUGGAUAAUGCUUUGAUUGACGACCGGAGAAUACAUGUGGAUUUUAGUCAAAGUGUUGCAAAACUGUGGUCCCAGUACAGGCGCAAAGAUCAAAAUGGCAAAGGCAAAGGUUGCUUCAAAUGUGGUGCACUUGAUCACAUUGCCAAGGAUUGCACCGGUGAUCCUGCCAACAAACAGCAACCUCAAAAGUACAUAUUGAAGGAUGAUAAUGUACAGCGUGGUGGUGGCAAAAACUCCAGUUAUGAUAUGGUAUUUGAUGGAGACACUCCAGAAAGUCCAAGGCAAGAGAAGAGAAGUCAGGGUCACAAUAAUGACCGUGGACUUGAGAAACAAAGGAUGAAUAGGCAGAGUUCCGAGGACCUAAGGCGUAGGGAUCGAGAAAAUAAAGACUCAAGUUAUAGGGAGAGGCACAGUGACAGAAGUAGAGGGUACAUAGAGGAUUCAAGUCGAGACAGUAAAGCAAAUCGAUCCAGUGGAAGCAGAAGUGGUCGAGAUCAUCUUGAAGAGGGAAGGGAUAGAGAAAGGCGUAAGGACAGACAAAGAGACACAGAUGAUAAAACAGAUCAGCGUGAGAGCAGAUAUGGAGAUGAUACCUAUGCAGACAGGAGGGGUGAUAGAGAUUACAGAAAGAGGAGUGCAGAUAGUGAUAGAGAGAAUCAUAAGGAGAGGCAGGGAAAUAUAGAUGAUAAGAUCGAUCAGCUGGGGAGUGGAAAGAGAAAUGCAGAUGGUGGUGAGAGGGGUGAGGUAAAAUACAGGAGUGCAGAUAGUGAUAGACUAGCGGAACGGAGUAGUGACAGAGAGUACAGAAAGAGAAGUGCAGCUGAUGAUAGCCUUCGAGAAAAGAGGGACAAUGGAGAUUAUAGAAAGAGAAGUGUAGAGAGGAGGGAUGAAACAGACUAUAAAAAGAGGCAUGCAGAUGGUGACCGUCGAGACAAGAGAGACGAGCCAGUCCAUAAGAAAAGAAGUGCAGAUGUUGAUGCCUAUAGAGCUACAAGGGAUAGAGAACAUAGAAGCAAUGUACUUUUGUACCAAAGAAAUUAAAAACUUUGGAGUUGGCAUCUAGGUCUGUGUCUGAAUUUCUGAAUCAAUUCGUUACAGAGGGCGAAAAAUUAUGGUGUUUGGUAUUAAUCCCGCUAUUUGAAAGUGAAUAAUUAUUGGCACUACAAAGAAGUCAUUUCGCACUCUCAAGUGCAAAUAUAUAAAUCCCACCUCGGAAAAGUGAGCAUGUAAGAAAAAAUAGGUUCCUUUGGAAUGUAACAGGAGCAAAUAUUUAUGAAUUAUGACCGAGUUUCAAUGUCUGAAUCGUUUAGAAAAGAUAUCCAAAAGGGUUUCUUGUCUAUUUUUACUGCUAUGAUUCUACAAUAAAAUUAUCAUCAUUUGAACUAUCGUACACAGUUUACAUCCAAACUUGUUUAGUAAGACGUGAGAUUCAAAAGGAACCUGUAAACUAAGUCCUUUUGGGGCUUUCAUGAGCCUCUUCGACAUUUCUCAAUGGCCGAGGAUGUUGUCUACAUGGAGGCAGGUCAAAAACAUCAAACGACGGAGCCUCAGAGCACACAAGCACAAACACGACUUCAUAUUCCUUUGGAGAAUAACCGUUGGCAAAAAUAUUUGCAGCAGCUUGCCUGUAUCCAUGAUCAUCAC